AUGUCUGAGAAUGGGGCAUCUACUACAUUAAAUGAUAUAAUAGAUGAAUUAAAACUAACUUAUGAUUCAUCUAUUGGAGUAUUAGAUGGAGAAUCAAUACGGAAUAUACCAAAUAUCAAUACAUUAUUAAAUUUAAAUAAAUUAUUAAAAAAUUUAUCAAAACAAUUAGAUGAAGUUGAAAAUACAGAUGAUGAAAUAUUAAAUAAAAUUAAUAUCUUACAAACAAAUGAAAAGAAACGUCAUUUAGAAGAAGAUGAUGAUGAAACUAAAGAAAAAGAAAAUGAUGAAGAUUCACUACAUAAGAAACGAAAGACUGAAGAAAUAAAUUCAAAAGAUGAUCCAGUACCGCCAGUUCAAUCUGGUUCAUUCACUCAUGAAAAUGAUACAAGACUAAAAAAUCCUAAAUCUGAAUAUGUUGAACCUCAAACAUUAUCAUCAGAAGCAAUAUCAGCUCUUGGAUUAUUUUCUGAAUCAAAUAAUGAGUUAGAAACUCAUGGAAAAGAAUAUUUAAAAAAGAAAUAUGGAGUUGCAUCAUAUCCAGAAAAUGAUUUAUUAAAUUUAUUACCUGGUACUAUACCAAAUAUAGAUUUUUCAAAAAAUAAACCACCAACAAAUCAAGUUCAAUUUACAACUUUCCAAUCAUAUAUAGAAUCAUAUUUUCGAUUAUUUAAUAAUGAUGAUUUAAAAUUUUUACAAGAAAGAAAUAUUAUCCCACCUGGAUUUGAAAAAUUAGGUUAUGAUCCGGAUGUAUCACCUUAUCUUAUACCAAAAUUAGGUAAAUUUUAUACUGAUGUUUGGACAGAAGAAGAUCCUUCAUUAGCUUCAAAAUUGAAUGCUUCUACUGCAUAUUCAACUCCAGGAACUAAUGAUUAUGUUGCAAAAGGUUCUAUUAAUUCAUUAAAUGAUGAUAAUUUAUAUACUGAAGAAAUAUCUUGUGGUCCUUUAUCAAGUCGAUUAUUAUCAGCUAUAUUAAGUAAUCAUGAAGCAGGAGGAGGAGGAGGAGAUAAUGAUGAAGAAACAAAAGAUAAUAUUUUAGAAGAUGAAGUAGCAACACAAUUAAAUAGUGGAGAAGAUUAUAAAAUUACAACUGAAAUAAAUGAUUAUCAAUCAAUUGAAGAUAGAUUAAAAAGAGAAUUAAAAUAUAUUGGAAUAUUUAUGAAUUUACCAAUAAAUGAUGAAAAAAAGAAAAGAAAUUCUAAAAUAAGUAUAAUUGAUAAUGAUGAAUGGAUUAAAAAUAAAGAAGAUGAUGAAGUAUGUGCAGAAAUUAGAUCAUUACAAAAACAAUUAAGAGAAGUAGUUAGUAGAAAUAGAGCUAAUAAAAAAUUACUACUACCUAUAAUUGAAGAUCAUAUAGCAUAUCAAGAAUAUUGUACAAUUUUAGAAGAUUUAGAUAGACAAGUUGAUCAAGCAUAUAUUAAAAGAUCAAAAGGAAAAGGUAAAAAGAAAAAAAUUGAAAAUCAUAAUACUACUCCACAACAACAAGCUGUAAAUAGUGGAUUAAGAGCAUUAUUAGAAAAAAGGAAAAGAUGGAUUGAAAAUAUUGGUAAUUUAUUUCCACCUGCAGAAAAAAUGAAAAGAGUACCUGAUGAAUCAAUAUUAAUUAAACAAGGAGAAGUUCAAAAUGAUGAGGAAGAAAUUGGAGUAGAUGAGACUAAUGAUCUUUUCAAACAGUAA